AUGAGGGAGCGGAAGGCGGUGACAGAGGAGGAGGAGGAUGAGGAUGAGGCCCGGACACAGGCGGAGACGGCCAUUACUGCGACUCCACCGAGCGACCAUGUAAUUCAGCCCACAGCUCAAAGAUGUCGCCGCUGGUUCUUGGAGUAGGUGUUUGCUUGGCUGGGUGGAUCGCUCUUUAUGCGCUGCUGUGUUACACAAACAGCUCUUGUAGCUAUGAAUGGAACUGUCGGCUGGUCACACUGUUUCACGGCAUCCUCGCAGUGUGUAUAACUGCCUACAUAGGCUACAUAGAUGGACCGUGGCCUUUCACCUACCCAGGCAUGAAGAAUUCCCCUCUCCAAAUCACAGCAAUGGUGCUCAGUCUCGGCUACUUCAUCUUCGAUAUGGCCUGGUGUGUGUACUUCCAGACUGAGGGUCUGGUAAUGCUCGCCCACCACACCAUGAGCAUUCUGGGGAUUCUGCUGACCCUGUGGCUGGGUGAGUCGGGCAUCGAGUCCUGCGCCGUGAUCUUCGGCAGCGAGAUCACGAACCCUCUGCUGCAGACCCGCUGGUUCCUGAAGCACUCUGGCCGUUACAACACUUUCCUAGGAGACUUGGUGGAUAUCUUAUUCGUGCUUUUGUUUAUCAUUAUGCGAGUAUUCGUUGGUGGUGCCAUGCUGUACUGCGAGCUGAUCUCACCCAGGCCAAAGUUCAUCAUCAAGUGUGGUGGCGUGGCCAUGUACGUCCUGUCGUGGGUGUUUGUGGCUGACAUUUUCCGUUUUGCAUACCGUAAAGGCAGUGUGAAACUCCAGCACUGGAAGAGUUCAGCACAAGUAUAUGCUGAGACCAAUGGCCAAGAAAUUAAAAGGGACUAACAGGGAAGUCUGAGUUCUUUCCAACCUGGACAUCCUUUCUAUCAGUACAGACACCUUGACAGUUGGUUUUCAGAUCUAAGCUUUGUCUAACUUUGUUUACUAUUUUUUUUAUGAACAUAACUGGAGAAGAAUAUGACAAACACUGGCUUUUAUAACUGACUUACACUUUAAAUAGUAGUUAUUUUGCUUAAUUGUUUAAGAUUAUAAUUGUUUAAAUUUUUUUAAUGUUAAAUUGAUAACUUUUCUAACAAAAAAACCUAACUGGGCCCGAUCUAUUUUAGAUAGAAAUUUCAAAAGCCUGGUCCUGCUGAGUGGCUCCCAAAUCACAUCUCUCACUUGGAGCACUGAAGCAGAUCUGAUCAGGAACAGGUGGAGAAUGGUUUUAAGGUAAAAUGGGAAUGAGAUUAAAAUACUUCAAAUGAAUUCUUUAAAUAAGCCAUGGACUUCGAUGUUACACUUAGAAGACAUUUUUUUGUGUCAUGUCUUUUAUUUUUUUUUAUAGAAAUCAAUAGUUAUUCCACGAAAGCACCGAGUUGGCGAUAAGCCAUGUACGACGAGAUUGAGUGGAAUAAUUGAUUUAUUCUAUCCACAUUCACUGGAUUUUGAGAAACAGAGCAUUUUUAUUUUUUGCAAAUUUGAUAAAUAAAAACUUUUCCAAAACGUCCGACAGAAUAAUUUCCGCUUAGAAUUCUCGUAGUCGGCGUGACGUCACGAACACAUGACAACAGGCGCCAUAUUUGACUAGGUGAAAACAUGUUUUACCCAACUUUAUUAGUGUUCGGUGUUUUAGUAAGAUUUUGUUAGUUUUAGCUUAAUAUACUCGUAGAAUGUCCUACCAGUAUCAAGAUAGUUUAGCUGCUGAGGAUCUAGCUCGUUAUAAAUUGAAAAUCAGUGUUGUUGGACUGGAGUUAUGUCCGUACAAGCAAGGGUGGGACAGGUGUCAAAACAAUGGUGACUUAUGGGUUUUUAGAGACAGAUUUAUAUUAUGAAGCGUCAGCAAGUUUUCAGAAUGUUUAUUGUGGCAAAUUCACCUAUUACUGCUCAUACAUGUCAACCUUUGGUCAAUCAAACCUGUAUAACCAACCUCCAAAAUCUGUAUUUCCCUUAUAAAAUCCGUAUAAGAUGCAAAUUAAAAUAAUGUACCUAAAAUUUGAAUGAUAAUCAACAAUGAUGUAUCCCAGUUACUUUUUAUUCAAUAUUAAUAACAAUAAACCUUCAGAAUGAAUACAAAGCUCCAAUGUUUGACAAAAACACAAAGUGUUAUCAGCGUAGUUACGAAGGAAAUACUUCGUUGUUUGGAGACAGGUUUCACCGAGCGGCUAUUAUGUGCGAGACUUCAUAUUAACCACAAAGCCAGAAAAAUCUGUUCGUAAAAUUACGUUAUAAUGACCAAAUACAAUGAAAAGUAUUUUUUCAGUCUCACCUGUGAAAGGUAAUCCCAUGUGAUCUCGUUUGGAUGGUAAACCUGUUGGUACAGUUAAACGCAGCACACGAAUGAGGCAUCUUUAUUCUCGGGCGAGGAUGACGUAUGAUUUUACGCAGAAGCCGGCAUCUAUGACUUCACGGUUGGCGGGAUUCUCGCAAUGCGGUGUGCGCAUGAUCAAAAGUGGAACGAAGUCUCGCUACCACAAGAUAACGCGCGAUUUCAUAAGACUCUUUAUUGGCUGUGUGUGGUGUACAGUACGUUUGUAAAUGUUAUGCGUUCUUUUAUCAUCGUGGGAAUUGAUUAUAGCUCUAAAUAAAUAUUGAAGUUUUUUUUUUUAAAGAAUCCGUAUAACUUUAUUUAUACGCCCGUAUACUACGUUUAUUGAAUCAAAUCCGUAUAAAAUACGGACAUUCCGUAUAGGUUGACAUGUAUGACUGCUCAUUUGUCGGCAGUUAAUUCAUAAAAUAACAGAGCUGUUACUAUCACUAAAAACUCAUGUCUAUUAUAAAUCCUUUUCUUCACUUACCAUUGAUGAAAUGAUGACCACAUACAUAUGUAUAGUUAGAUUUGGGUUCCCAUAACUUUCCAUAGUUAACAGAUCCAUCAGCUCUCACUUCACACCUGUUUACAGCCCUCAACCAUUUUUCUCUCCUUUUACCCGAUAAUGGUAUCAUAUGAAACUUUAAACCUUCAUUUUUUAUUGACUUGGCUGUACAGCCUGCUACACAACACCCUUUAGGCAUGCUAAUAGCAUAAACAACUCUCAGAUUUGAACUAAAUUGCUACAAUACACAAACAGGCUUCUCCCUCCCUUUCACCUAAACCAAUAUGGCGGCUGGGUUGUCAUGGAAGUCACAUGACCAGUGACCCGGAUGUCCGACUUUGAGAAUGUAAACAAACCGGUGAAAUGACAGGAGAAAUUUGUGAAAAAUGCUAUAAAAAUAAGUUUUGUAAAAUAAAAGAGAUACUUUCUUACCAUCAAA